AUGCAAUCAGAGCUGAGCGACACUCCAAACCAGGACGCUCACACAAGAACUGCUCAUACUUCCGAACCUACCACCGCUCAACAUGGCUCCGGUUGCUCUCGUUCAAGUUUGCCAGACGCUCGCUAUCUACCGCGUGCCCGAAGCACGUCUGCGGAUGUGCCGGGCUCCGGUCGAGCCGCAUCUACCGGCACUCUCGAUGUCAGCCAGCUCAACGAGGACCUUGGCCGGCUGAGUGUUGCCGAGGGGAAAUCCGCAGCGGACACUGGAGUCACGGUCGCCGGUCAACGCAUCACUGAUUACGAGAACGCCACGCUUGCCUCGUCGCCCCGGCACAUCUUCCGUCCAGCGCCGAGCUUCAAGGUCGCAAACGGCUCCCCAUCUGGCGGCGUGCAGCUGACCGAUUUUCCGAAUGAGAUCCUGACCCAGAUCUUGUCCCAUCUGCACCCCGAUUCACACGGCGCAGUAGCGCUGGUCUCGAAGCGCUUCUAUGACCUCGUCACUACGCCGUAUGCGUGGCGGGCCGCGUUUCUGCGCUACUUUCCGGGGCAGGAUGGCCUGUCCGUUAACGGGAAGUCCAGCCGUCAGGCGACAGCUGCUGAAUCCUCGGAUAUUAUACGAUCCGAGGUCCGCUAUUUCACGCGGCUGACGGCUUUGGCCUCCUGGCGCAGUGAAUAUCUGGGUAGGACUCGCCUGCUACGGAGUGUGGCACGUGGGAAACCGGGCACGAUCGGCUCGUCCAUCCGCUCGAGCCAGUCAAGCAAGAAGAACAGCGCCGUCCUCACCUAUAACUCGAAACUCCCUUGGAUGAUCAGCCAUGUCCAUGCCGACUUCACUGGCGGGAAGAAGGGCCCUAAGGUGAUCCAUGGUACUCGCGACCUCGGUAUGGUUACGGUCAGCGACCCUACCACCGGCAGGAUUGACAAGUUUGGUCUGGACGACCCUUUCUCGUUUCAACAGCUAGACGAGGUAUAUCCGAACCUCGAGUUCUUUGGCGUCGGCGAUGGCCUGGCUGCUGUUCCCAAUGUCAUGGACGUGAGCCAGCCGUACGGCUUCGUCGGUGGCGAAGGGUUUCCUGGUGGUCGCGUGUACUACAAGGCGACUGGGCAGCUGCGUGGGCACUAUCUUGGACAAGACCAGGGUUUGGUUGACGCGGCGCCAGAAAUUCCUCGAGUCCCCGGGCUGGCCGAUGCGGUCAGCGCUAUCUGGAUCGCCAAAUCGUCCAAUGUACCGUCAAUGACUGAGUCGAUGAUCGGAAUCAUGGCCGGAUCCACACUAGGCGUGGUGACGUGCUAUGCCCUCGGCCAUGAGUCCACUGGCCGACGGUAUGGUGCUGGGGCCAUGACCGCUCGCUGGGUUCUCAGCCCAGGGGUACCCAUCAUCGAUAUCAAGGUUGAUGAUCAAUACAACCUGCGACGCAGAAGCCUUGGGCGGAUUUGGGCCGUCGUGUUGAACGCUCUGGGCGAGGUUUAUUAUUUAACGGAAGUUCCGAGCCCUCCGCUUCACAAGGGCAAGGCGGAGGAUGUUGUCACAAAUGCUUGGAACGCUGGCCGAACCGCGUAUUGGCAGCUUCUCGACUCCACCCGGCGGACAGCAAGGCCCGAUGUGUCCGGUGAGGACGCGGCGGCUGGGGCCUACUCCCCCAGAUCCUCGCCUCAUUCGAUAGACCUAAGCAGGGAACAACUUGCUGCUGAGGCUAGGGAGAUCGAGCAGUACUUCCGACACACGCCUUCUCACUUUAGAAAGGUGUGCCUUGGAUGGGAUAUGCUGCGAAGACUCGAGGUCGACUUUGCCGCCGGAGGGGAUAACGGCGGCGGAGAAGCGAUCUUCGUCAUCACUUGCGGCAAUGAAGAGGGCGAAAAUCCCUCGGUCCGCAGAUUUCUCAGGGCUUGCAGCGAGACGGAGAAGCCGAGCCCAUCAGGCGCGUUGACUCCGGUUGCGCCUCAGAAGGCCCCUCAGGUCUCGAUUUUUGGAGGAGAAAGAUGUGCAGAGCAUUCCAAAUCGAUACGUCUGCAGGUUGGCAGCACCGGGCUGAGCGCCCUUGAAGAAUUCGUAUACGGGCAACCCCAAGAGAGAGUGGAUACCGAAGAAUGGCGGCCAACCGAACUCAUCUCUAAGCUCAGCCCUUCCGCACAAAUCACUGCAAGCGGGGUGGAUAUGUCCACGUUUGCUGUCACGGCUGCUUUCGAGGACCCUCUGCUCUUGGGGACGCCGGCAUCCGGAGGUAGCUCCCCAGCUACUCCAACGUCCAAGCAGGCGACAGGUGAGAUUCCCGGGCGACGCGCGCGGCUGCUGGCCAUUGGAACGAACACCGGCUCGAUCAUCGUGUGGAACAUGCGUGACACGGCUUUGGAUUUCGUACUGCCUCUGAGGGUCAUCCAAACCGAGUCACCCGAAAUUACCAGCCUCGCGCUGUCAGCGCUGUACCUUGUCCACGGAGGUAGUGACAGUCUCGUCCAGGCAUGGGAUCCGCUAGCAUCGACGCUGGAGCCGAUCCGGACGCUCAAUGCUAAGUCAUCCGGCCGGAUUCCUCGCCACAUCCUCAACCAGAACCCCGCGCUGCAGCACGCCAAUUACUUCUCGGUCCGCGCUAUCUUCCUAGACCCGGAUCCGACAGCCCUCCGGGGCAUCCUCGCAUUCGGCACCUUCGUCCGCUUCUGGAGCUACAGCUCGGCCAACCAUGCGCCGGGCCGUAAGCGCCGUCUCCGCCACUCCGACAUCCACGGCCGCCUCGCCAGCCGGCGCCACAACGGCACCGUGUCGAGCUACAUCGCCGCCGAGGAAGCAGAGCUGCGCCACGAGCAGGAACACCGCGCCCGCGAGGUCGAGCGCCUGCGCAAGCGGUUCGGAGUCGGCCUCGGCGAGCUGACCGAGGAAGAGGCGAUCCAGUACGCCCAGAUGAUCUCGCAGGAGGCCUUUCUACAGGACGAGCAGCGCCGCUCCAGCGGUGCGAGUGACGUCGGCGACACAGGUUCGCCGUCGUGCAGCGCUGCCGACACGGUCACGCCCGAGCCUAGUUUGUCGGGCAGUGUUGCCAGUACUGCAGCUGGGCCAAGUGGUUCCGGCUUGUCCGUUCCUCGGGAGGAGAGUCAGGGGCUGGCGGGCGAUGAUGACGAUUUUGAGGCGCAGCUCCAGCGCGCGAUUAGGCUGUCGUUGCUGGAAAGUGUUCGGAAUGAGGGCCCGUCGCCGUCCACCACUAGUGGGGAGAGGGGUAGCUCUUAUGAGUAUGAACUCCAACAGGGGGAGAUGACUGGGAUGGGGAAGUCAUGGGCGACAUCGGUGUCGGCGGAUGGUCCCGGCAUGGCUUCGUUUCCUGACAAGCCAUUGGUAUAUCCGGCCGCCGCCGGUGAUACCAACGCGAUGGACGGCGACGAUGACUUGGCGCUUGCGCUGAGGCUGAGUCUGGAAGAGGAGGAGGCGAGGGAGCGGCGGGCAAGGGAGCAGGCGCGUGCCGUGUUGAGGGCGGGUGGCGAAGAGUUCCCGCCUUUGGAGGUCAAUGGAAAGGGGAAGGGAAAGGCCAACGGGGGUUGA